AACCAAAUCCUAAAUUCCGUAUCACCGCCGAACAAAUUACGGAGGAUCCUUGGUUCUCGUGUCUUGAUAUUUGCUAUAAGCCAUUAUCAACAAAUACUCAUUUGCCUACAAAUACGUGUGGUGUGAAUGCUACGAACGGACAACCGACAAAUAUGAACAAAUUAACUAUCAUAAACAUG